GAAGAAACAUAGGGAUGAAUGAGCACAGAUAAUUAACAUCUGUAACGGGUGUCUGGUGGAAAGUAGUGCUGUAGAUAGGUUUCUGCUGUAUAUACAGUAUAUUCUGUGACUUAUUGGUCUCUGUUAGUGUGUUGUCAACACAUAAUCUGACUGUUUAUGGCCUCCGUUCAUAUAACCUCUAACUGCUGAGGCACAUGCACUCUCUGCACCAGCCAAUCAUCAGGUAUCACCACCCAAUAAAUGGGUAAUACUGUUUAACCAGCUGUGGAAAACGAGAAGGAAGAAAAGUGGAAGGGAUACAGUUCACAGGUCUUCAGAUGCUAAGGUGGAAGUUGUGGCAAAAAACUUUUUAAGCACAGCUGGUGUUUCUGACAACAGAGACAGAGCUCAGUGUGAGUUGAGAAGAAGGAUUUAACUCAAGCAAUGUUGAACCGACGUGUCGGGAGAGUGAGGAACGCCCUGGUGCGAGAGUGCAUGGCUGAGUUCUUGGGAACUUUUGUCUUGCUGCUCUUUGGCUGCUCUGCUGCAGCGCAGGUAAAGACAAGCAGAGAGACUAAAGGUCAGUUCCUGUCAGUCAACAUGGCCUUCUCUGUGGGCGUGAUGUCAGCUAUGUACCUCACCAAGAACAUCUCAGGGGCUCAUUUCAAUCCAGCGGUAACUCUGAGUUUCUGUGUGUUGGGCCAGCUACCCUGGGGAAAGCUGGUGCCCUACUGCCUCUCCCAGGUGCUGGGGGCUUAUCUGGGCUCAGGGCUCGUCUACUUGGUCUACUAUGAUGCCAUAAUGGAGUUCAGUGGAGGAGUAUUGACUGUCUAUGGCCCAAAUGAGACAGCAUCUAUAUUUGCCACAUAUCCCUCAGAGUACAUCACUUUGGGUAGGAGUUUCCUUGACCAGGUAGUGGGCACUGGCAUGCUGAUGUUGUGCAUACUGGGUUUGGAUGAAAAGAGAAACACCCCGGCUCCCUCAGAGCUGAUUCCUCCUAUAGUGGCAGUGAUCGUCCUGGGGAUCUCUAUGUCAAUGUCAGCCAACUGUGGUGCUGCAAUAAACCCUGCUCGGGACCUGGGGCCACGCCUCUUCACACUGACUGCAGGCUGGGGCACUGAGGUCUUUACGUGUUACAACUACUGGUUCUGGGUGCCCUUGGUGGCCCCACUUGUUGGAGGUGUUAUAGGUUCUUUCAUAUAUUUGUUCUUCAUCCACUGGCACCUGCCUGACCCAGACCCUCCUGAGAGCCUCUCCUCUCUCUCCACUAUCAGUGACAAAAUCAAGCAGCCCAGCACAAUGUGGGACAAUAGAGGAGAGUUAAAGGCUACAAAUCUCUGUUACUGUAAUGAAAAUAUGUUGUUAUGAGCCAGUUAAAGACAAUAAUCUGUGAAUUAUGUUUGAGAAAGCAGAGUUUGAAUACCUGAGUUUAGUUACUGUCAAGAUGCAUACUUUGAGAGAAAUACCCACUCAAAAUGUCUUUGUAUUACUUGAGUCAACUUCAAGGCUUUUUCUAAGGAGAAUGAACCCUGUAAUGUCAUU